UGACCGCAAAAACAACAAGAAAUCACCUCGGUUUCCCAACUAGGCAAAGCCCAAAGACAGUCACCUGAUUUAGAGGAAGAGAAGCUUAACUUUCACUUUCUUUCUCCCGGCGGAGGGCGCGGCGAUGGCGGGCGAAGCUCCCUUGCAGGAUUUCCUGGAAGAACUCAACUGCUCCAUUUGCCUGGACUUCUUCCAGGACCCCGUGCUCAUCCCGAACUGCGGCCACAACUUCUGCCGGGACUGCCUGACCCGCAGUUGGGGGGCGUCGGAAUCGGAGGCUUCCUGCCCCCAGUGCAGACAGACCUUCGCGCCCUGCAGCCUCCUCCCCAACAGGCAGCUGGCGCGGGUGGCGGAAGAGGCCAGGCGAUGCGGGGCCCAUCCGGACAAGGAAAGAGAGAGUUUCUGCCCGAAGCACCAGGAGCCCCUCAAGCUCUUUUGUAAGGACCACGAGACCCUCAUCUGUGUUGUCUGCGACCGAUCCAAAGAGCACAGGGGCCACUUGGUGAUCCCUGCGGAGGAGGCUUUCCAGGAAUACCAGAGGAAGGUGGAGGAUUGCCUGAAGGCUCAGAAGGAGCAGAAAGAAAAAAUAGCUACAUACAAAAGAGACACAGAGCAAAGAGUGCAGGAGAUGCUUGACCUCAUAGAAAAAGAGAGAGAAAAUGUAGUGGCUGAAUUCAGAGAGCUACAACUCUGGUUAGAAACACAGGAGAAGCUUCUAUUGACUACAAUGAAAGAGACAGAGAAGGAGAUUAUGGCAAGAAAGGAGGAGGGUUUGGCCAGGCACAUGGAGGAACUCUGCUCUCUUGACCAUCUCAUCCAGGAGAUAGAAGAGAAGCUUCAGCAGCCAGCCAGCAAACUCUUACAGGACAUUGGAAGCAUCUUGAAGAAGUACCAGGCUAAGGAAACAUAUGAAUAUCUGGAGGAUUUAAUUCUAGAGCCGAAAUGGACAAUCUGGGAUCACAGUGAUAUGACUGUGCUUCUGAAAAGUGCCAUGAAAAAACUGAGAGAUACUCUGAAAAGUGGACUUCAUCUACAGAAAGUGAAUGUAAUUCUGGAUCCAGACACAGCCCAUCCUGACCGCCUGGACAUCUCCGACUAUCAAAAACGCGUCAAAGGACGUAAACCAGCUAAAGCAAUAUAUCUUGUCCCAGACCCCAUAAGAUUUGUAUAUAAUCCUUACGUCCUGGGCUGUCAGAGGUUCUCAACAGGGAGAUAUUUCUGGGAAGUUACGGUAGGAGAUACAGCAGGAUGGGGUGUAGGGGUUGCCAAAAAGCCACCAAACGUAAUAAAUGUUGAUGGGCAGACCAGGCGCUGGCAGGUUAGGAAAUUGAGAGGGAAAUACAUGAUCUCCUCUCCCUCAGCACGCUCGGAACUGGUGCUGAGUGAGGAGCCCACGAGGAUCCGCGUCUCUCUCAACUGCGAAGGGGGACAAGUGAGCUUUUUUGAUGCCAGGACUGCAGCUCUGCUCCAUACAUUCUCAGACGCUUCCUUGGUUGGAGGCACCCUUCUGCCCUGUUUCUAUUUGGAUGAUGGUGCCUGCCUGACACUCACCUAAAAGAGGGGACAUCCAUAGACAAAACUUUGGAAAAAUCCCUAUUUGACAAGCUUUAAAGCAGAGGUUCCUGAGCUUUUUGCUGCUAUACUUCAACAAUAGCCUGUAGACCAUUGGUUCCCAAACUUUUUCAGUCCACCGCCCCCUUGGUGCUACAAACUGAUCCUC